AUGGCCGAUACGUCGCUCAUAGAAGUGGCGCGCCAGACGCACGAAGAGGCGGAGCGAUAUCAGCAAGCACUCGUCGAUCUUGUCCUCUCGUCUUCGUCCACUUCCCAUCUUACUCACAAGGACAAGCUCAAGCGAGCCCACAAAGCAUCUCACCUUCUCGACCGCGUUGCAUCUCGCUACCAGUAUCUCGACCGCUUCUACAGCGACCAACAUGGAGACCGACAACGCGAGCUCGAUUUGCUCUCCUCUACUCGAGCCCGCGGUGAAGGCGGCGACGAUGCUUUCGGCGAAUUUUACCAACGUCUCGGCAGGAUCCGCGAGUACCACGACAAGUAUCCAGGCGCGCUGCCGGAUCACUUCAAUGUCGACUUCACUGCACUGGAAGGCGGCUCGAGCUCAACAAAAACCGACGCAACGGGUGCCUCAACAUCAGCAGCUGCAUACAAGGACGCCGCGGGUUUGGAUUUCAUCGACCGCAUGUUCUCGGGAGAAGAGAUGGCAGGUCGUUUCUUGGAUCUUUACCUCUACCAUGAAGCAUAUCUCAACCUGAAAGGAGCGAAGCGUAUCUCGUAUCUCGCCUACAUUGAUGACUUUGACAAGCUCGCUGGGCCCUCUUCACCUAUCCCUAGUUACACCAAGAAAACCGAUGCAUACCGAAACUAUCUCAUCGACUUGCGCAAGUACCUCGACUCCUUCUUGCGAAAGACGCAGCCGCUUGCGAAUGUAGACGAAAUUGCAGCAAAGGCAACAUCGCAGUUCGAAGAAGAGUGGGAGCAGGGUAAAGUGGAAGGAUGGGAGCAGCAAGGAUUAGAAGUGUUCGGUGGCGCACAAGGCAAGGGCAAAGCAGCAGCAGCGCCAGCAGAAGGAGAGGGCAUUUGGUGUGCAGCAUGCAGACGCUUCUACUCGAAGCAAACGGUCUACGACGCGCAUCUCAAAUCACUAAAACAUCUCAAAGCAGCUGCCCGCUUAGCACAAUCUGAACAGAACGGCGAGGAAGCCUCGUCUACACCUACGCCUUCCAAAAGCAAUGGUGAAAGCGAAGCAGAGAAGAUCAAGAACCGUGUCAAAGCCAAAGCCAUCGCACGUGAAGAAGUCAUUAUCCGCGGACUAGCAUCUGACCUCUCCACCAUUCGAUCCGAUACCAAAGCCAACGUCGAGCGCAAAGCCGCCCUCACCGAUCGCGAACGACAAGCCGAAGCCGAAGCCGCAGAAGAAGAGCUCAAUCGCAUGUCUGCACUCAACCACACCUCUGGUCUCGACUCUGAUGAUCCCAACAAUCCCAAUGCUAUGGAUGAGGAUCUCGAUGACGAUGCCACAUCACGCGUGUACAAUCCGCUCAAGCUGCCUAUUGGAUGGGAUGGUCGACCGAUCCCGUUCUGGCUGUACAAGUUGCAUGGUUUACGAAACGAGUUCAAAUGCGAGAUCUGCUCAGACCACGUCUAUCAGGGAAGAAAGAACUUUGAAAAGCAUUUUACCGAGUCUAGGCAUGCUUUUGGCAUGCGAGCGCUAGGUUUGCCGAAUACGGUCCAGUUCAGGGAUGUCACGCGGAUUGCAGAUGCAUUAGCGCUGGCGGAUAAGUUGAGAAAGAAAGGUAAAAUGGAAGCAUCAGAAGCAGGGGUGGAUGCUCAAGAGGUUGAGGAUGAGCACGGAAACACGUACACCAAGAAGACGUAUGACUUGCUCAAGAGGCAGGGUCUCAUCUAG